AUGGCAUCAGAAUCUGCCAAAAUACAGAAGGUAGCAAAUGAGAAACCCCAUCCAGGACUGUAUAAUGACUUUGGCACAGCUCUCUCCUCUCACUUAGAUAACUCUGUUGUUGUGUCUAUCUUCAUCCUCCAUAGUCCCCCUGCAAGGAAACAGAAGCUGUACAAGGUGAUAAUGCGGGAUCACAUGUCUGGUGCUAAUGUGGAGGAGCUGCUGAGGCAGUCUCAGAUGGAGUUACAGUGGAUCCAGAGACAGCUGGCUAUGAUCGCUGCCAGGAACGUACACCAUCACCACCUUCACAACAAGGGCAAGUCAAGAUAUGAGGUUUCAUCUCAGCAAGCUACAGGCCACUCAGUUUACAAUGUGAACCACUUUCGACUGCUAGAAGAAAGAAACCGAGCUCUGAAGCUUGAAGUAGCCACGCUCCGCCAAGAGAAACAGCAGUAUAGGAAACUGAAAGCAAAGCUCCAUGCUGCCUUGCAGGAGAAAAAUCGCCUGAACCUUGAAUUGAUCAAUGGCCACCUAAAGGCAUCCAAGUAUGAUAAGGUGCGAUCAGACUAUGACCAGCUGAAACAGACCUUUGCUGUGGUGAGCCAGGAGAGAGACGUGGCCCAGCAGCAGAGGAGACAACUUCAAGGCAAAGUGGAGAGCCUGGAAAAGGUUCUAAAGCAUAUGCACACAACUGUCGAGCUGAAGCAGCAGCUGCAGAUAGAGCAUGAGCAAACCUUGGAGGCCCUUCACACCAAGCAGAGGGAGAUCAAUCAACUGCAAAAGGCUCAGGUUCAAGCUGACCAAGAGCAUGAGGAAGCAGUACACCUGUUAGAGGUCAAGGUUUGUGACCUGGAGCAGAAAUGCAGGUCACAGAGUGAGCACUUCCAUGAGCUGUCCAAAGAGCUUCUGAAUUUCCGUUUGCAAUCAGAUACUGUGGACAUCCUUCAAAAUAAUCCCACCUCCAAAUCCCAGAUCCCCUUCUCACCACAGUGGAAAUUCCCACAAGACAUUGUUGGAUUUGAAACCCAGCUGGAGACAGGCGAUGAGAGCGCGGCAAACACGCCGCUACUGAUCUCCCAGUUCUUGCCUUGCCCACCGCAGACUGGAGACAGAGAAAGAAAAGAACUGCUGUCUGUCAAAUCCAGCAUCGUGACAAGGGACCGCCCCAGCAGCCCUCGACAGCUGACCCCAUCAGAGAUGGAGGAUGAGGCCACCCCAUCACCCAGGUCCAAGCCUCGCUACACAGGCCAGGUUCGCCUUUGCACUGCCCGUUACAGCUACAACCCUUACGAUGGCCCAAACGAGCACCCAGAAGCAGAACUCCCCCUUGUGGCGGGAAAGUAUCUCUAUGUGUAUGGCAACAUGGAUGACGAUGGCUUUUAUGAAGGGGAAUUGCUGGAUGGCCAGCGGGGACUUGUCCCUUCCAACUUUGUGGAAUUUGUCCAGGACAAAGAAAAACCAGCAAUCCUGGCUGGUGAGGGAGGGGAGGACCUGGGCCCACUGGACCAUGCACCCCUAGCCUUGACGGCAAUGGAUGGAGGUGGCUCCCAGGAUGGUCUCCUGGGCUCAGCUAACGCCUUGGUUCCCUGUAGCAAUGGGACAGUGGGGCCCCUGGACCCCGAGGACCUGGCUGAAGACGUUGUGCCUUAUCCCCGAAAGAUCACUUUGAUCAAGCAGCUGGCACGGAGCGUCAUUGUGGCCUGGGAGCCUCCACUAGUGCCUUUGUGCUGGGGGAACAUCUCUGGCUACAAUGUGUUAGUAGAUGGGGAGCUUCGUGCCAGCAUAGCCUACGGUGGCCGGACCAAGUGUUUGCUGGAGAAGCUGGACCUGGACGGCUGCGUCCAUCGCGUGUCAGUGCAGAGUGUCACCGACCGGGGUUUGUCAGACGAGCUGCGCUGCACUUUGCUGGUGGGAGCCAACGUAGUGGUGGCACCAUGCGGUCUGCGUGUGGAUGACAUCCAGCGUGACACUGCCGAGCUCUCCUGGUUGCCUAGCAACAGUAACUAUAGCCACACUGUGUUCUUGGAUGGGGUAGAGCACGCUGUGGUAAAGCCAGGAAGGUAUAGACUUCGCUUCUUCAACCUGAAACCCCUGACGGUGUACAAAGUGACAGUGUUAGCACAGCCUCACCAGGUACCAUGGCAACUGCCACUGGAGCAGAGAGAGAGGAAAGAAGCCGGUGUGGAGUUCUGCACUCAAGCUGCAGGUCCACCACCAUAUUGCAGAACAGGUCCUCCCAUGCCUCCACUUGAUGUACAGGUGCUUUGUGGGCAGGCUCCAGGGGUCCUACAGGUCCACUGGAAGCCCCCUAACCUCUCUCCCACAGGCACAUCCAAUGGGGCAAAUGUCAUUGGCUACGCAGUCUGUACUAAAGGACAGAGGAUAGCUGAGGUGUUGUUCCCAAUGGCAGAUUAUGUUUCUGUAGAGCUGACAAGGAUUCAGUGCCUGGAGGCCAGGGAGGUCAUCGUCAGGACGCUGUCAGUACAGGGAGAAUCCCAGGACUCCCAAGUCGCCGUCAUUCCAAACAACCUGCUCGUGCCUCUACCUCCGCUUCCCCUGCCGCCUCCAAUGCACCCCCACACAGUCCCCCCUCCACACCCUCAUUCUCAACCCCACCUCCAAUCCCCUCACCUUCCUCAUGGCACACCCCAACUUCCUGCUCCUCCCCAGGUACACGGACAACCACUCCCACCCCAUCCUCCACACCCUCAACCCCAUCCCAGGCUUCCCCACCCGGGUGGGCCUCCUCAUCCCCAUCCCCAACGCUUACAUCUUCAGCCUCACCCAGCCCACCAAGGUCCCAGGCCCCAGCACCAACUGCCUCUGCUGCCCCACCCCCAACCCCACCCUAUACCUCAGAGACCAGUAAGUGCCAGAGACCUGGAUGCCAAAGAGCAGGCGGCCCACCACGGGGGAGCUAUUCCACCUGGCCAGCCUGGCUGGGACCCCCCACGCUCUCCCAACUCCCAGCCCACUGUGUCCAUGCAAGGCCACACCCUUGAGGCUCCUCCCUCUGCCAAUCCACGAUCCCCCUCCCCUCAGAGGAUUCUUCCGCAGCCUCGAGGCACGCUUAUCCCGGACACUGUGGCCAAAGCCAUCGCCCGAGAAGCAGCACAGAGAGUUGCAGCAGAGAGUGGCAAGGUCUGAUCAAAAUGAAAAUGUUAUGCAAAAUCCAGUCACGCUAUAUGUGAAGAGACUGUAAAGAUUACAAGUUCAAAUACUGGGGACAGGAGGCAGCCUAAUUAUGGUGAGCACGGUCAGUCAUUUCACCAACAUCACUCUGACGAGGAAGAAGAAGAUGAAGAGGGGUUUGCACGCGGCCGUCGGAGAGGACCCUCAGUUGAUGAGUUCCUCAGAGGCUCUGAGUUGGGGAGGCCGCCUCACUAUAGUCACAAUGAAGAUUAUCACAGCGAAAGCAGCCGGGGCUCUGACCUGUCUGACAUCAUGGAAGAGGAUGAGGAGGAGCUGUACUCUGAGAUGCAGCUGGAAGAGGGACGCCGACGCAACUCACACAACACACCCAAGACAAACACACCUGCCGGAGGCCGUCAUGACCGAGAUACUGGGAGAAGGAUUCAUCAUGGUGGCCCCCAGCCUCAGAGGCGACCUCUAAUGGUCCCUUCCAUUGAGGUAACCUCUGAGAAUAACAGUGAGGGAAAUCUCUCCCCCAUCACCGAGGAUGUUUACUAUGGCAGAGUAGCUCGGCACAAGACGUGGUCAUCCCGCAGGCACACCAGGUCUCCCCAUGAUGGCUACAGGGAUCGGGAUCGGGAUCGGGAUCGGCGCUCCCCCACCUACUAUGAUGAGUCAGAGGCUGAGGAGUCCUUCCGAAUCUUUGUUGCUCUCUUUGACUACGAUCCUCUGUCCAUGUCCCCCAACCCAGAUGCCGCUGAUGAGGAGCUGCCAUUCAAAGAGGGGCAGAUCAUUAGGGUGUACGGUGACAAAGACACCGAUGGAUUUUACAGAGGCGAAGUGAGGGGUAGGAUGGGGCUGAUCCCUUGUAACAUGGUGUCAGAGAUACGAGCGGAGGACGAGGAAACCAUGGACCAGCUCAUCAAGCAGGGCUUCCUGCCACUCAGCACCCCUGUGGACAGAAUAGAGCAGAACAGAAGAGGCCUCCGUCGAGAUCAGGCCUCCAGGAGGAUGGUGGCUUUAUACGACUACGACCCCCGAGAGAGCUCCCCUAAUGUUGAUGUCGAGGCUGAGCUGACCUUCUGUGCUGGUGACAUCAUGGCUGUAUUUGGAGAUAUUGAUGAAGAUGGGUUCUAUUAUGGUGAGAUCAACGGCCACCGUGGUCUGGUCCCCUCUAACUUCCUAGAAGAAGUGCCUGAUGACGUGGAGGUGUAUCUGACCGAUACUCCAUCCCACUACCCCCAGGAAGAACCUGCCAACCGCCCCGCCCCCAAUUCCGCCGCCACCGUCUCAGAGGGCAAACGGGUCACCACAGAAACCACCGACACUGUCGACAAUGACGCCACGCCCGUCCGAGCACCGUCCCCGAUCGUACGGCCCCUUCUCCCAGGCACCAUGAGGCCCCUCAGCCCUUCGAGGGGCCACCACGUCCCACUGGACCCCCGGGACCCUCAAGAUCUAGCAAAUAAGAAGAAGAAAGGACUGCUCUCCAAGGGGAAAAAACUGCUGAAGAGACUCUCCCCUGUGAAAUAA